CUAAACGGUGCGUUUUGCUUCGCUUUUUUCCAUUUCUUUCCACGACUGGAUGGAUAGUGAAUCCCUACGCCUAAAACCCUAACAUACCAUCACAUAAACCUCCAUUCCCGCCACACACACACAAGGGAACUACUCUCUUGCUGCAGACUAAACCUAACCACCACACCUGACGGUGCCGUUACAAAUACCUCCGCCAUCCUCAACUGACGGCGCUGUCACAAACCCCCCUCCAUCCCCAACCUUCAACAACAUCUAACAAUGAACUUCAGAUUCCAGAACCUUCUCGGAGCUCCUUACAGAGGAGGCAACGCCGUCAUCUCCAACAACACCCUUCUACUAUCACCUGUCGGCAACAGAGUCUCCGUCACCGACCUCCGAAAAUCCGAAACAACAACACUCCCUAUCCAAGCCUCUUCCAAUAUCUCCCGGAUAGCUGUCUCCCCUGACGGCACCUUCCUCCUCGCUAUUGACGACAACAACCGUUGCUUAUUCAUCAAUCUCCGCCGCCGCGCUUUACUCCAUCGCAUUACCUUCAAACACCGUGUUGGUGCUGUUAAAUUUUCCCCUGACGGAGGACUCAUCGCUGUUGCUGCUGGGAAGCUUGUUCAGAUCUGGAGAUCCCCUGCUUUUCGCAAGGAGUAUUUUCCUUUUGAAUUGGUUAAAACUUUUGCUGAUUUUCAUGCUAAAAUCACUGCUUUUGAUUGGAGUCCUGAUUCUAAAUACUUGCUUGUAGCGUCCAAGGACCUCACUGCGAGAAUAUUGUGUUUGAAGAAACUUAGUGGCGGUGAUAAGUAUAAACCUUUUUUGUUUUUAGGCCAUAGGGAUUCAGUUGUAGGUUCUUUUUUCGGUGUUGAUCCUAAAACUAAUAAGGUUUCUAAGGUUUAUACAGUUACUAGGGAUUGUUAUUUGUUAAGCUGGAGUUUUACUGGCGACGAGGACGAGGAAUCCUCAGCGCCUCCAUCGCCAGGGACACCGGAUAGGGAAUUGGAAGGGGAAUUGAAAGUUGGAGAUGAUGGUGUUGUGAAGAAGAGAAAGGAACGGGAAGCCGAGGAUGGGGGUGGGUACUUAUGUAGAGGUAAAUGGGAAUUAUUGAGGAAGGAUUGUUUUAAUCAGGCGCCAGCAAAGGUUUCGGCUUGCCAUUAUCAUAGAGGGUUAGACAUGGUGGUUGUUGGAUUUUCAAAUGGUGUGUUUGCGUUGUAUCAGAUGCCGGAUUUCGUGUGCAUCCAUAUGAUGUCCAUAUCAAAAGAGAAGAUCACCACUGCUUUGUUUAAUGACCUUGGAAAUUGGUUGUCUUUUGGUUGUGCCAAACUGGGUCAGCUCCUUGUGUGGGAGUGGCGGUCUGAGAGUUAUAUUUUGAAGCAGCAGGGUCAUUACUUUGAUGUCAAUUGUGUGGCAUAUUCGUCGGACUCUCAACUCCUUGCUACCGGAGCAGAUGAUAAUAAAGUGAAGGUUUGGACUGUUUCCUCGGGCUUUUGCUUUGUUACGUUUUCUGAGCACACUAAUGCUGUUACAGCUCUGCAUUUUAUGGCAAAUAACAAUAGCCUGCUCAGUGCAUCUCUUGAUGGGACUGUUCGUGCAUGGGAUUUAAUACGUUAUCGGAAUUUUAGGACGUUUACCACUCCUUCUUCAAGACAGUUUGUUUCUCUGGCAGCAGAUCAAAGUGGUGAAGUGAUAUGUGCAGGCACUUCAGAUUCAUUUGAGAUAUUUGUUUGGUCGAUGAGAACUGGCCGUUUGUUAGACGUGCUUAGUGGUCACGAAGCUCCUGUUCACGGGCUAGUAUUUUCUCCUACAAAUGCUGUUUUGGCUUCAUCAUCAUGGGAUAAGACUGUUCGGUUGUGGGAUGUGUUUGAUGGGAAAGGAGCAGUUGAAACAUGGCCACACACACAUGAUGUUUUGACAGUAGCUUAUCGUCCAGAUGGAAGACAGCUAGCUUGCAGUACAUUGGAUGGGCAAAUUCAUUUUUGGGAUCCAAUAGAUGGUGUACUGAUGUAUACAAUUGAAGGUUCUAGAGAUAUUGCUGGAGGUCGUCUUAUGACUGACCGUAGAACAUUUGCUAACUCAAGUACCGGGAAGUGCUUCACAACCUUGUGUUAUUCAGCUGACGGAAGCUACAUAUUAGCCGGGGGCAGUAGCAGAUAUGUCUGCAUGUAUGAUGUUGCCGAUCAGGUUUUGUUGCGACGCUUCCAGAUAACUCAUAAUCUUUCAUUAGAUGGUGUGCUUGACUUUUUAAACUCAAAGAAUAUGACCGAAGCUGGCCCUCUAGAUUUGAUUGAUGAUUAUAACAGUGACAUUGAAGAAGGUGUUGAAAGACAAACACGAGGGAACCUAGGACAAAAUAUGCCAGGAUCUGUAGCUAACCGCGGAAGACCUAUUAUUCAAACAAAAUGCCUUAGAAUUGCACCUACUGGGAGGAGUUUUGUAGCAGCAACGACCGAGGGAGUUUUAGUUUAUUCUGUUGACGAAUCAUUCAUAUUUGAUCCAACUGACCUAGACAUAGAUGUCACACCAGAGGCUGUUGAUAAAGCGCUGGAUGCAAAUCAACCAAGUAGGGCAUUAAUCCUCAGCCUUCGCUUAAACGAAGACUCUUACAUUAAAAAAUGUAUUUUUGCCGUUAGUCCAGCAGAUAUUCCAGCAGUUGCCACAUCAAUCCCAUACAGUUACCUUCAGCGAUUAAUUGAUGCACUUGCAUCUCUUCUAGAAAAUUGCCCGCAUUUGGAGUUCAUACUUCGAUGGUCUCAGGAGCUCUGUAAAAUCCAUGCAAAUUCAAUCCAGCAGAACUCUAGAAGUUUGCUCCCAUCAUUAAAAUCAUUACAGAAGUCCAUUACUAGUAUACAUCAGGAUCUUGCAGAUACAUGCUCCUCCAAUGAAUAUAUGCUGCGAUAUUUAUGCUCUUCUAGCGCAAGUAAAUAAUUGAAGGCCACAAUUCACAUGCUGGGUAGUAGGCUUUGCUCAGAAAACUUCGUCCAUUUAGAUUGUGUUAUUUUAAUAUGGUAAUGUUGAGCGCUAUUGCAUUGGAGCAAAAUCAGGAAUCAAAGCAAGAUUUGCUAUAGUUUGGCCUCAUUGCGAAACUAACCUCGUAGCAUUCUUUAAAGGAGUUUAUCCUUGAAUACCAAUUUUGUUCCUGGAUGUCGUGGUGGCAUCUGUAAGGUUUGUUUCAUGGCCUAAUUGCAACUCUCAACAGAGACAGGUCAACUGUUACACACUCCAGUGACAUUUUUUUAAUGCAUUGGUCUUUAUAGAUUGCAGUAGUUGAAGUUCCAGAUAUCCGGUAUUGCAUUUUGAAUCAUAUAUGUUAGGAACUAUUUGAUGAAAAUUGUUACGAGGUUGUGUCAGAAAUUUUGCCCAAGUAAUAUCUUGUUUUGUUCAAUGUAUAAUUUAAAAAGUUCAAUGUUAGAAAAUUUUGAUUGAUACA